AUGCUCUCGCGCGCCGGCGUGCCGCGCUUCGCCAUCAUUCAGAAGCUGGCCGACCAGGAUGUGCCGGAUUUGGAGGCGUUUAUAAGGGUGUUUGCGGGGUUGAAGGCGGGGGCGAGAGUGCCGAUAGAGUAUGUGACGCAUGGGGAGCGGCACCGGCCCAAGUCGGUGCUGCUGCUGGUGGACCACCAUGCGUGGUACGCGCCCCCCCAGAUGUACUGUAGGGAUGACUCCACGGGGCUCUGGCGCAUUGCCUCCGCGCUCCCCCCUCCGCCUGCUGCUGCUGCUGCUGCUGCUGCUGCUGCUGCUGGUGCUGCUAAUGCUACCGAUGGUGCUGCUGACGGUGCUGCUGCUGCUGCUGAUGGUGCUGCUGCCGAUGGUGAUGGUACAGCCAAGGAGGACGGAGGGUUGAAAAAGGGAGGUGGGAACGGAGAAGAGCAGCAGAGGGGAGAGAAGAGAGCUAGAGGGGAGGAGGAGGGCGAAGGGGAAGGAAGCAAGAAGCUUAAGGCAAAGGAGGCAACUGCAGUAGCUGAUGGGGACGAGCCUGCUGCAGCGGCUGCAGCGGCGGCGGCGGCGGCGGCGGAGGUGGAUGGAUCAGAGGCAUCGGCCAAGCCAGCUGGCACGAGCUCAUUGGUGGAGAGUGCACUGGAGCCCGCGUUUGUGAUGAUGGAGGUGCACGUGCCAUCGUCGGUGAUGGUGGACGGGGUGCACGCGCAGCAUUUCUUCGGCACGGCGCUGGUGGUGCACCACACGCCGCAGCUGGGGCUCAUCGUGGUGGACCGCAACACCGUUGCCGUCUCCGUCUCUGACAUCAUGCUCUCCUUCUCUGCUUACCCUGUUGAGGUCCCCGGGGAGUCUCUGUGGUGUUACUUGCACCCGGUGCACAACUUUGCCUUUGUGGCGUACGACCCGUCAGCCCUCGGAGCAGCAGCAGCGGCGGCAGUUAAGCCCGCCACGCUCAAGCCCUCCCCUGCGUUGCGCCGCGGCGACCGAGUGCACCUGGUGGGGCUCAGCCGCAGCCAGGCCGUCACGUCCCGGCAGUCCGUGGUGACCAACCCCACCGCCACGCUCACCGUGGGCGCCGCUGACUGCCCGCGGUACCGCUCUAUUAAUAUGGACGUCGUGGAAAUCGACACGGACUUCGGGCAGUCCUUCUCGGGCGUGCUGGCGGACGACUCGGGCGCCGUGAGAGCCCUCUGGGGCUCCUUCUCCACCUUCCUGAAGUACGGCGAUGGCGGAACGGACGAUCUGCAGUUUGUGCGCGGGCUGCCCAUCUCCUUCAUCUCCGCCGCCCUCCACCAAAUCAUCCACGCCUCCCCCUCCAAGCCCCUCCGCCCCCUCCCACCCACUGCGCCCGCUCCCACUCCCGCUCUUCCCACCGCGCCCCACGUCGAAAGCAAUGGCCUAGCAGGAGAAGCAGACGAGGGGCCAAGCAAGGCAGAGGUGGCGGAGGAGGGAGACAAGGCUGGUGAGCAGCAGCAGCAGCAGCAGCAGCAGCAGGAGGCGGGGGCGGACAACAGCCUGCUGAUGAACGGGCGGCUGUGGGCCAUGCCGCGCAUGCGCGUGCUAGAAGCAGAGCUCGCCCCCAUGCUGCUCUCCAAAGCCAGGAGCUUUGGCCUCUCAGAGCACUGGGUGCACGUGCUGGCGAGUGCCGACCCCGUGCGGCGGCAGGUGCUGCGCGUGAAGGGGACCCUUGCGGGGUCUGCUGUGGCUGGGGUUCUGCAGCAGGGCGAUAUGUUGCUCGCUGUGAAUGGCCGCCCCGUCACGUGCUUCGCUGAUGUGGAAGCUGCCUGUUGUGAGCUGGAUGCAGGGCUGGCGGCGGGGGAUGGGGGGAGCGGCGGGAGAGAGGGCGCUGGGAAUGGGCAUGUGAGUGAGACAGGGGGCAGGGAGCCUACGGGAUCGGCGGCAGCAGGAGCAGAGAUGACUGCAGCAAAUGGUACAGCGGAGGCUGCAGUAGAGGCACCAGGAAGUGCAGGUGGAAAGGAGAAUUUAGGGAAGGCCGCAUCAGCAGGGGAGGCAGCAGCAGCAGGGGAAGCGGGCCGGGCGUCAUUGAGUGUGACGAUACUGCGGCAGGGCAGGGAGCAGCAGGUGCAGGCGGGCACGGACGUGCGGCACGGGUUCGGCACGACGCGAGUGGUGAACUGGGCGGGGUGCCUCGUGCAGGACCCGCACCCUGCUGUCAGAGCCACCGGCUUCCUACCCUCGCAGGGCCACGGCGCUUAUGUUGCCAGGUGGUGCCAUGGCAGCCCAGCGCACCGCUACGGGCUGUACGCUCUCCAUUGGAUCGUGGAGAUCAACGGCCGUCCCGUGCCCGACCUCGAUGCUCUGGUUGCCAUCAGCCAGGAGUUGGAGCACGGGGCGUUUGUGCGGGUGAAGGUGGUGCAUCUGAACGGCAAGCCGCGGGUGCUGACGUUGAAGCAGGACCUGCACUACUGGCCCACCUGGGAGCUGCGCUUCGUGCCCAGCACCGGCACCGAGUGCUCCGAAAGUCUCCCGCCUGACGAUUCCUACCUAUCCUCGUCCGCCACGUCAGCGGCCCCGUCCGGCGCGGUGUUCGGGUCCGUGUCUGACGUCAGCGGACCAAUCCUCUCUGUUUCCGCCGCCACUGUCGCCCGCGCGGGUGCGGCGGCGGCGCAGCAAGAAGCGGCGGAUGGCGCAAAACCCAGUCGGGAAAAGCAGGCGGGCGCGCCAGGGCGGGGGGCGGCCUCCGGGGGUGGAGGUGCGGGCGGAGCAGCGGGAACGGCGGGAGCGGGGAGGUCGCCGGCGGACAGCAGCAGCAGCGCGGGGGGGAGUCCGCGGAGUGCGGGGAGCCUUGGCGUGCGGGGCGCCGCCAAAGCCGCCUCUGCUGUGGUGCCCGCGUCCCUGCCCACGGUGAUGGACGGGCGGGCGGGGGGCAAGAAGGUGACGUCUAAGGCGGAGAGGCGCGCCCUGCAGGAGGCUCAGCGCGCUGCCAAGGCCGUCGCUGCUGCUGGUGGCGGUGGUGCUGGUGGUGGUAAAGGCGGAAAGGGCGCAGGAGGGGCAGGCGGAGGAGGGGGCAAGGGUGGGAAGGGGAAGGAGGGCGGGCAGCAGGGCGGGGGAAGAAGGGCAAGCGGGGAAUCCGCUGCAGUGUCUGCUGCAGGGACGGGGGGAGGGGACGCGGAGGGGGGUGGGCGGAGCAGCAGUGGGAGCGUGGCUGGCGCACAGAAGGGGGGAGGGGGAGGCGGGGGAAAGGGAGGGGGAGGGCGGGGAGGGGAGGACGGGCAGCACAAGUCGAGCUCGCUCCGCGGGGGGUGGCAGCAGCUGAUGGCUGACGUGGCAGCAGUGGAUUCGUCGCUGCGGGUGGAUCUGUUCCGGCACCUGCCGCAGUUUGACCGGGCGGCGCAGAUUGCUCUCGUGGAGGCGCGGCUGCUGGACGAGGAGGACAGCCCGCUCUCCGUGCACCCCGCCGUCUAUGAGGUGCGUGCAUGUGGAGUGAGAUGGGCAUCCUCCUCCAUGCGCUGCUCCUUUGCCCAACCGCCAGGUGGGGAUGCGGUUCCUACAGCAGGAGCAGCGCCUGCAGGGCGGCAACGAGCGCUGCCUGGCCAUGCUGCACUGCCCCCCACGUCUAUUUCUCGGCUCGCUUUCCUCUUUCCCCCCAUUUCCUCUCUUCCCUCCAUUCCCUCCAUCCUCACCCCCCCCACUGCACAACCGUCCCCCAUUCCCCCAUCCGCUCCCUCCCCCUCCUUCUCCCCCCCCCCCUCCUCCUUCCAACGCCAGGUGGGGAUGCGGUUCCUACAGCAGGAGCAGCGCCUGCAGGGCGGCAACGAGCGCUGCCUGGCCAUGCUGCACGCGCUGCGCCGCCUCUUCCUCGACCACCGCGUGCCCGACGCCCGCCCCCCCAUCCGCGACCUCACGGCGCGCCUCAACGCGCACGUCGCCUUCCUCAUCGCGUGCCGGCCGCUCUCAGUCGGCAUGGGGAACGCGGUUCGAGCGCUGAAGCAGUGCCUCACGCGCAUGGGCGCGGACCCGGGCGUGCAGGAGAGCGCGGCGCGCGCGGCGGUGGUGGCGGAGAUCGAUCGGUUUGUGGCGGAGAAGCUGGUGUUUGCGGGGCAGGAGGUGGUGCGCCAUGCAGCAGGGAAGAUCCGAAAGGAGGGCGAUGUGAUUCUCACCUUUGGAUGGUCUGAACUCGUGCUGGAGGUGCUGCUGUCGGCAGCGCGGGCGGGGCACAGGUUCAGAGCCAUCGUGGUGGACUCACGGCCGCACCUGGAGGGCAAGGAGAUGGUGCGCCGCCUGCUCGCGGGCGGCAUCUCUUGUCUCUAUCUAAGGCUCAACGCCGCAUCGUACAUCAUGAAGGACGUGACACGUGUGUUCCUGGGGGCGGCAGCAGUGCUGGCGAACGGAGCAGCGUAUGCGAGGGUGGGGACAGCAGCGGUGGCGAUGAUGGCGCAUGCACAGCGCGUGCCGGUGCUGGUGUGCUGCGAGUCCAGCAAGUUCCAUGAGCGCGUGCAGCUCGACUCCAUCACCCACAACGAGAUCGGCGAUCCACAAGUGCUCAUCAGCACGGGCGUCUCACCACUCUCACCAGUCUCACCGCUCCCAUCGGACGCACCAGAAGCAUCAGACGCGGCGGAGGUGCCACCGCUGCAGCACUGGCAGAGCACACCCAACCUGCGCCCCCUCAACAUCCAGUUUGACCUCACUCCUGCAGACUACAUCACGGGCAUUGUCACCGAGAUUGGUGUG